GAAAAACAAGUAUGACUAAAACACUUGAUGUAUAUGCAACCGUAAAUCACGUUUUACCUCGAUCGUGUCAGAGAUUAAUUAAUAUCCCAGACUUGAGCAAUUCAAACUUUCUUUCCGGGUUUAAAUCAUCUGCCGGAAAUCAGACUGUCGCCUGCGUUGUGCGUGGACAUCGAUUUAAUUCGCACGUUCUUUGAAGUCAUACAUUCUCGUGAAAUUGUUGCGACCGGGGAGAAAAGGUAUGCGGCAGACAUUAAGGUGUAAGUAAAGCCGGGGUAAAGCUGCCACGAGAUCGACAGUUUCGUCUACUGCUGUUUAAAUUUGCAAAUGAUGCUACAAUAAUAUCCAGGCACGGGCUUAGUAAAUACUUUGAGAUUCGAUUAUGAGAUGUAAAAUAUCAGGUAUCAGUAAAGGUAAAUUAUGUUAGUCUUCAUACUAAUACAACGGCUUGCCCGCUUCACAGUGAGAGAUUCAGCACGUUUAAAAUUUAGGAAAUUGCUAGAAUAUCCGAUUUAUACAUUCAGUGUUCAUGGUACGUAACACAAUGCUAACGACUUUUAUGAUAUUGUCAAACGAAACAAUAGGCUGAGUAACGUUGCGUUUUUCAAUAUCAUGAAUCGGUGCGUAAAUUAUUUACAUUAUGUUUUUCAUUUACAACGAUUGAUGUCUGAAGAUCUGCUUGUUAGACUUGUCAGGGCACAAUUAGAUAUCAGACUUUCAUUUCAGAUAGUCAUAUAACAUACAAUCAGUUGUGUUUCAAUAAGCCUGUGUAGCCAGACGUGAAUAUAUGUUAUCGAGCACAUCCGGUUUCUAGUCAUAUAUAUGGCUCACCACCAAUGCUCUGUGUCUCAUGCAGGGACCACAGAAUAUAUUUUUAAGGAAGUGGUUUCAAGGAUACUGAACGUACUAACGUAACCCCAAAAUAAACAUCGGCCUUGUUUCAACCUCUCGAACAGCUUCUAUAAACAAGGUCGGGUAUAUUUGAAGGUUAGAUUCAAUUAAACACAGGUCGAGUGUACACCUGCACACAAGAGUCAUACAGUGUAGCAAUAUUGCAAUGGGUAGCUCAUAGAUUUUGGUAUAGGUUUAUUUUAGGUUGGAGAUUUAGAAUGCCAAGUUCAGAUUUUGAUACUUUCAGGGUUUAUAGAAAGAUAUUUGGGUAAAAGCGCAUAUCCACCUGGGUAUGGAUAUGAUGACCAAAAUUUAAAUUUAUAAGUUUCUAUUUAUGAAUUUUAGUUUCAAAAUUAUUUGAAUUCUGGAUUUUCUAAGAUAUUGCAUCUCUCACAUAUUCUCUUGUCAAGGAAUAUGGGGACUGUAAUCUUAAUAUAUACUGAGGAUCUGCAAACAAAUGUUAUCAAUUAAGUUUGCCCACGAGGAAUAUUUGUUUAAACAGACGUAAUAAAUAAAGGGUUUAUUUGUAUUAUAAGUUUAUACUCGUCCUUAACCAAAGACAGAUAUGAUUUAAAUUCAGCAGGUUUAUUAGGUCAAUUCCAUACGGUCGUGUAGAUCGGAUUAAGUAUGUCGGAAUCCGAGAAUGAUUGGCUGAAUAAUCUUAUUCGGAAAUCUGCUGAAGUACGAGAAAACGCUCACUGUCCAUACAGUAAGUUUCGAGUGGGUGCCGCUCUGUUGAGUGACGAUGGCACUGUAUAUACAGGAUGCAACGUAGAAAACGCUUGCUACCCAGUUGGAGUAUGUGCAGAACGAACAGCCAUAUGUAAGGCUGUUUCCGAAGGACAUAAAAAAUUUAAAGCCAUAGCUGUAAUAACAGAUCGCGAAGAAACAGUGACACCCUGCGGCUUAUGUAGACAAUCGUUGAGGGAGUUUCAAAUAAAAAGCAUAUAUUGCGCAAAGGCAACACCGGUGAAUGGAAAAUACGAAUAUCGCCUAUUUACAUUGGAAGAAUUAUUACCACAUUCUUUUGGCCCAGAGUAUUUAUUGUAGAUUUAUUUGUCGUUGUAGCAUUUUGUGGGGUUGGAUGGCGAACUAUUGAGAGUGUUUUAUAUAUAUUUUAACGACACCGAAUUCCCAGUCACCUGGUACGAGGUGUUGAAAUACUGUGACAUCACACACGGUGUUCAAUUUUACAACAUGGUUUGAAAUACACAAUUGUAUCCGAUAU